AUGCAGUCACCGCCGCAGCGCGUCCGCGGCGAGGCCGACGGCAGCGGCUCCACGUCCACGCCCACCCGCGACCACUCGACGCUGCUGCGGGAGCAAGAGGCCGAGCGCGAGCGGCUCCGAAUGGACAAUUUCAACCAGGCGCUGCGGAUCAAUUUCCUGGAGGAGCGGCUCUUGCGCACGAAGCAGGGCACGGACUUUGCCAGUGAAGACCUCGAGAGCGAGUUGGCGCAGCUGCGGAUGGCGCUCGAGGAGCGCGAGCACGAGUUGCGUCAGCGCAACUGUAGUAUGAUCCGAGCGACGGAAGCGAUUGAUUUGCUGAAUGCACAGCUCCAAGAUGCGGUCCAAGCAGCAGCUCGAGCCCGGGAAGAAGCACAAGGAGAAGCUGAAGCCGAGCUGCAGUCGUACCUUGAAGAGAGGGGCGGGAUUGAUGCCGAAACGGCUGAGAAAUGGCAGGAAGAAAUGAAGAGGCGAGACCAGCAGAGUCAAGAGAAGAUCCAGGAGCUGGAACACGAGCUCCAGCAGAAGAUCGAGGCGGUGCAGGAGCUGACGGAUCAGGUGCAAGAGCUCGAGCAAGUGAGGAGGCGCGAGCAGCGAGAAGAUGAGCUGCGGAGGCACAAGGAACAGCAGAACUGGCAGCAGCGUGAAGUGGCUGGUGUCAAAGCUGUGGCUGAGGCUGAGCAUUGGAAAAGCGUGAGUCAGCAGCAGAGAGAGCAAGUGACGGCGCUGCAGCUGCAGGUGGAGACAGUGAGACAGGAGAACCAGACGUUGGAUGCUCGGUAUCAGGAGAAAUUACACCGCAUGGAGGAACAGGUGCAGCAUCAGAUGCAGCAGCUGCAGUGCGAGAGCGAAAACUACCGCGCCGAGCACACGAGACUGUUGACAGAUUGCGAGAAGACGCACUUUGACAAGGAACGACUGGUGAUGGAGAACAAGAGCAUUGAACAGGAGCGGUUGAGACUGCAGGCUCAAGUCGAACGGAUGGCAAGAGAGCGGCAACAGCUGGCUGGAGAGACAGAACGGCUGCGGCUGCAACAUGUCAGGUUAACGGCGGCUUUGGAAGAGCAGACCAAGUCAAUGGAGAGCUUCAAAGCUGAACGAAAAGCCGCUUUGGACACUAUUCAUCAGCUGGAAAGUAAGUUACACGAACGUCGCAAGCUUGCAAAGGAACAUGAACUGACGGUGAAAACACUGGAAAGCCGAUUGCAACGUGCUGAGGCCGAAGAAGCACGGCUGGCGAAGGAAAGUGAGAGUAUGACACAGGAGCUUGCCCGGCUACAGACCGACGGGGAGCAGGUCGCAAGAGAGAGGCAGGAACUGGCUAACGAGAACGUCAAAUUGGUAUCAGCUUGCGAAGAGCUGGCAAAGGCAGCUGAUGAGCUGAAGGUAAAUAGGGAAGCUGCUGUGAGCACCAUUCAUGAGCUUGAAUCAGAGCGGGAUCAGCUAAUGAGGGAUCACGAAGUAAAAGUGAAGGCAUUGGAAAGCCGGUUGGAGCAUGCUGAGUCCGAAGCACGUAGGGUGAAAGAGCAAUAUAAUGUAGCGGAGUCCCGCUGCCAACAAACGUCGAACGAGCGGCUACUGGCGUUGGAAAAGGAUCGCCAGAGUAUGGACGAGGACAACCGGCGACUGCGUGCAAGGUUGUCUGGCUUCCAGACAGACCUCAAGGCUAUGGAGUGUAAACUUCAACACAGCGAGAAACGAGUUUCGAACGAAGCUGCCAGUGCACAGGCGCAGCGCCGACAUCUUUCGGAGUGUCAGCUGGCCUUGGAUAGACAAGUCGCUAAAUCGCAGGAGUACAAGAAACGGCUUGCUCGUUGUGAAGACGAGUUACUUCGACGGGCAACGCUCGUGCGAGAUCUCGAACGUCAGCUGGCAGAAGCGGCUUCGGCCGAUACGUCGACGAGUACGGCAACCCAAGAGCUGCAGCAAGAAUGGAAAAAUCAGUUUGCCACGGAGAAAAGCAUGCUGGUGCGACAAUUGAAUAACGAGCGCCGACGGGCUGAUGAGGCAGAGGAAGCGGCGGCUGCGGCGAAGAAUGAGAAUAUGCUGGCACGACAAGAUCUUGAGGAAAUGGAAAUGGAGCUGAACUCGCUUCUGCUAGGUUGCAGCCCGGUCUCCCAAAACGACCAGCACCAUACGAUGGGAAGUUUGGUUCGCGAAGCAAUCGCUGCUUUGAAAAACGAGUUUAAGGCUGAGGCGAUAGCAUUGGAGACGCGCUGGAAACGGCAAGUAUCAUCGAUGAACUCCAAACUUGAACAGUUGACUACUCAGCUGCGCGCAAGCCAAAGUAAGCUCCAAGAUUUGGAACGUUUGUCAUUGCAUGCAAAUGACGCAAAGCAGUCCGUCGAUAAGACGUGGUCGACGCGAUAUGAAGAGCUGCGUCUGGAAACUGAUGAGGAAAGGCGGUCUUUUGAAGAAGACAUUCACUAUCUGCAGACUGAGGCGGCAAAAGCAGAAGAUGCACUCGAAGCCCUUCGAGCAAGAAGCGAUGUCCAAGCCAUGCGGCAAAGCACUGGUGAAGAACCACAGCAUGACUAUCAUGCCAUGGAGGAAAGUAAUCGGCUACUGUUUGAAGAGGUUCAGGAGCGCCGGAGAGCUGCUAGGCAUUUUCGGAAGCAGCAUACGCAAUUGGUUCGGGAGAAGAAAGACCUACUGGAGGCGAUUGCGAUGUACAAAGAUACCAUUGCUCGUCGCGAUCACGACAUCGAAAAGUACGAGUCUGCUGUGACGAAGCUCACGCAACAGCUACAGCGACGCACUGAAUUGGGCGAGGUGAAGCAGACGCUGCUGGGGCAGUUGGAACAGACUCAGUAUAUGAUCACGGAGACACGUAAGCGGUGGGAGGACAGUCCGAUCGCUCGUGCUCCGGUGGUUAAUGUUUAUGGUAGGAAGGAGAGAUACGGCGCGGCUAUCUCGCGACUGGAUGAAUACAUCGGUCGCAUGCAUUUAGUGUCCGAGCGGUGUGGCAACUUUGUGGAGCAAGCUCAAGAACUCCAUCGACGAUAUGGCGAUGCCUGGAAGUCAGCGUCCCGAGGAGUUGACCGUGUGAAGAACCAACCCCGAUGGGUCGAAGGUGUCGAGCGAGAAUGUUCGCGACUUCUGACUGAGGCCGGACAUGUCUCCGAAACGAUGCGUGAUGUUGCCAACAACAUUGUCGCCUUACUUCGAAAAGAGCGUAACGAACUGAAGCAUAUUGACGCAGAAAGCGCCGUUCGUGUGGACAACAAGGCAUCAGUGAAGCAGCGAGAGGACAUGUCGUCAGUCUGCAGUGACUUUUUUGACGAAGAUUGCGGGUCACUGCACUCGCGGAGUGCCAGUCAGCCGCGCUUCGGGAGCCCAGUCAAGCCGGACCGAUGUGAUGCACCGCGCCGCUACUCAAAGGCAUCAACCUUGUCUCGCCGCGUGGCGAAUAACAAUGUGCCGUACAAGGGCUCCUUGUCCUCUGCAGGCCGCAAGGUACAAGACCUGAAGACAGCGAUUCGACAAGGCUCAUGA